AUGAUCCCUCUACCCAUGGACUCCCUCUUCCCCCCGCUCAUGGCCCUUCUAAAGGCCUUCUCAUUGGGAAAACCCGUUCUGAAAAUUACUGCAGAACAAGGUGAUAUUAUUAUAUUUUUCUGUAAAUCUUCAAGGAGUGGGAGCGUUUCGCCGCCUAAUUUGUACAACGGCGUCGGGGAGCUUCCCUACCCUUGCCUGCAGCACCACUACAGCGCCCUUGCAAACGCUGUUACACCACCCACGCUCUCCCCUCCGCCCGAGAAACCCAUCCCGCCCACGAGGGAAACGUACACAACGGACCGCCACUACGCCUCACAAAAUACUACAGGCGCCAAGAAGAAUCACAUCUGCCAUGUCCCGGGAUACGGCAAGCUCUAUGCCAAAACGUCCCACCUGAAGGCACAUCUGCUUUCACACACCGGAGAGCGGCCUUUCGCGUGUCACUAG